AUGGCUUGCGAGUGUCGAAUCUUACGAUCUUGGACAGAACAACGGUGUUCCAAGGCUUUGGAAACUAGGGGCUCAAAGGCUGGACAGAGUGCCUAUGCCAUGGGAGGUUUCCCAGAUUUGGACAAGAAAGGGCCGAGGAGGCCAGAUUCGGAUAGCCCAGACUUCAGACAGAGGGAUGAAGCUCGAAGGUAUGCUCAAGGGUUUCAGGCCAAUCUCCCAAGACUAAAGAAGGAAGAGGUGAAGGUGGAGGUUGAGGAUGGAAAGUUUCUUCAGAUCAGCGGUGAGAGGAGCAGAGAGCAUGAAGAGAAGACAAACAAGUGGCACCGUUGGAAACGGCAAGUUCGUGAGGCGGUUCAGGUUGCCUGA